UCACUGCGAUCCUGUACUUCCUCUCUCUCCAUCUUUAAACCGUUUCCUCCUAACAUUUCUUAUUUCACACCAAUUCAUUCCUCUACCUUUUAUAUUUAUCGUACACAAGAAAACCAGAUGUCAGUGGCAUAAAGGAAAUUUUUGCUUCAGAUACUUCAUCAAUAUUGCUCGUCUUUUAAAGACUAAAAGAUGUUAUACAAAAUAAAUGUAAACCUGUUUAUAUAAAUCUAUAGUGAGUUGCUGUGAAAUAUUUCUUCUGAACUGAGAUUAAUAGCAGCAUUUCUAUACCUCACUGUCUUAAAUCUUUAGCAUUUAAACCAGCCAAAAUAUUCUAUAUCCAGCCAAAAUAUUUUAUCUGUUUUAUGUUGAAACUGGACAGAUCUGGUCUCUCAUACGAACCCUACAAAAUUAACAGCUACCUCAUCAAAAUCUCAUUGCCACAAGAUAAUGCAGGAUUAAUUCAAAACAAUAUGGAUAAAUAAGUAUUAGUUUUGACAAAAUAAUGUGAUGGCUAAAUGGGUAAUGUUUGUAAAAUGACUUUGUAUUCAAAAUAAACUUGGAGGAAUUUAUUACAAAGAAGAAUUUGCUGCAUCUUGACAGUAAUCACUGUUGAUGGAAACGUAGCCAAAGGAAUAUUUGUCAGAAAUAAAAUAUAAACAGACGGAAAAAAAAGUCGAUAUUUUGUGACCAAAAAAAAUGUUAUAGAAAAAUGAGUUGCUUGAACAGUUCAAGGAAUUGACUUUUUUUAUCUGAAACGAUGUCAAAAGAGAUAGAAAAGCCAUUGUACAAUAGUGUUGUCUGUGAAGAAUCAUUCUUUAAGGGAAGUAGCUCGGUUGAGCAUAAAGAGAAACCAUAUCAUUGUGAUAUCUGUGGUAAAUCAUUCUCACGAAAUUUUCAUCUGACUGAUCACAGACGUAUUCAUACGGGAGAGAAACCAUAUCACUGUGAUAUCUGUGGUAAAUUAUUCACUCAUAGAAAAAGCUUCACCGGACACAAACGUAUUCAUACAGGGGAGAAACCAUACCAGUGUGAUAUCUGUGGUAAAUCAUUCUCUGGAAGUAGUGACUUAACUAAACACAUACGCAGUCAUACAGGAGAGAGACCAUAUCAGUGUGAUAUCUGUGGUAAAGCAUUCUCUGAAAGUAGUGGUUUAACUAUACACAAACGCACCCAUACAGGAGAGAAACCAUAUCACUGUGAUAUUUGUGGAAAAUCAUUCUCUCGUAAAGUGCACUUAACUAAACACAAACGCACUCAUACAGGAGAGAAACCAUAUUGUUGUGAUAUCUGUGGUAAAUCAUUCUCUGAAGGACGUACCCUAACAAAUCACAAACGCACCCAUACAGGAGAGAAACCGUAUCAUUGUGAUAUCUGUGGUAAAUCAUUCUCUCAAAAUGACUUAACUAAACAUAAACGUAUUCAUACAGGAGAAAAACCAUAUCACUGUGAUAUCUGUGGUAAAUCAUUCUCCGUAGCAAGUAGUUUAAUUACUCACAAACGCAUUCAUACUGGAGAGAAGCCAUAUCAUUGUGAUAUCUGUGGAAAGUCAUUCUCCCAAAGUUAUGAAUUAACUUCUCACAAACGUAUUCAUACAGGAGAGAAACCAUACCCCUGUGAUAUCUGUGGCAAACUUUUCUCUCAUAGAAGUAACUUAAUUACUCACAAGUACAUUCAUGCAGAUGGGAAACCAUAUCACUGUGAUAUCUGUGGUAAAUCAUUCUCUCAAAAUUUUCAAUUGAUACACCACAAUCGCAUUCAUACUGGAGAAAAGCCAUACCAGUGUGAUAUUUGUGGUAAAUCCUUCUCUCAAAAAGGUAACCUUUGUACUCACAAGCGCAUUCAUACAGGUGAGAAACCAUAUCAGUGUGAUAUCUGUAGUAAAUCAUUCUCUGGAAGUAGCGAUUUAAUCAAACACAAACGAAUUCAUACAGGGGAGGAACCAUAUCAUUGUGAUAUCUGUGGGAAAUCAUUCUCCAAUAAAAAAUCCUUAACUAUACACAAACGAAUUCAUACAGGAGAGAAGCCACAUCAU